UUCACGGUCCUCGGUGUCGGAAUUUUCUUCUCAAAACCCAUAUACGACAUAUUCUUCAGACAGUCAGAGGGAGCGGAUUUAUCAGAACCGCCGACGACAUUCGCUCACACACGAGCCAAAAAGUUUGAAUAGAUUAUGGAAGCCGUAAAGAGAGCUAAAGAAAGAUUUGCGAAAUAUCCCGUAAUAUUUUCGAAGUGUUCGAAACAAGCGUCAGUGUAUGCUCGAUGUGUUCUGCUCAGGGAGGAUUCUGUUAAGAAAGACGAUUGUGCAAAGGAAUUCAAAGAAUUCCAAGCGUGUUUGACUUCAGCAGCCAAAGAUUUAAAAACUAGAAUUUAA